AUGUUUAUUUUCUCUGAAGAAGCAGAGGCUAAAAGCAGACCAAAUCUAAACUUUAAAGACUUUGAAGAACUACACCUCCAGACCCUUACACCCUCAGACUACUACACCUCCAGACCACUACACCUCCAGACUACUACACCUCCAGACUGCUACACCUCCAGACUGCUACACUUCCAGACUGCUACACCUCCAGACUGCUACACCUCCAGACUGCUACACCUCCAGACUACUACACCUCCAGACUGCUACACCUCCAGACUGCUACACUUCCAGACUGCUACACCUCCAGACUGCUACACCUCCAGACUGCUACACCUCCAGACUGCUACACCUCCAGAUCACUACACCUCCAGACCACUACACCUUCAGACCACUACACCUCCAGACCACUACACCUCCAGACCACUACACCUCCAGACCACUACACCUCCAGACCACUACACCUCCAGACUGCUACACCUCCAGACCACUACACCUCCAGACCACUACACCUCCAGACUGCUACACCUCCAGACUGCUACACCUCCAGACUGCUACACCUCCAGACCACUACACCUCCAGACUGCUACACCUCCAGACUGCUACACCUCCAGACUGCUACACCUCCAGAUCACUACACCUCCAGACCACUACACCCUCAGACCACUACACCUCCAGACCACUACACCUCCAGACUGCUACACCUCCAGAUCACUACACCUCCAGACCACUACACCUCCAGACUGCUACACCUCCAGAUCACUACACCUCCAGACCACUACACCUCCAGACCACUACACCUCCAGACUGCUACACCUCCAGACUGCUACACCUCCAGACUGCUACACCUCCAGAUCACUACACCUCCAGACCACUACACCUCCAGACCACUACACCUCCAGACCACUACACCUCCAGACUGCUACACCUCCAGACCACUACACCUCCAGACCACUACACCUCCAGACCACUACACCUCCAGACCACUACACCCUCAGACCACUACACCUCCAGACCACUACACCUCCAGACCACUACACCUCCAGACCACUACACCUCCAGACCACUACACCCUCAGACCACUACACCUCCAGAUCACUACACCUCCAGACCACUACACCUCCAGACCACUACACCUCCAGACCACUACACCUCCAGUCUGCUACACCUCCAGACCACUACACCUCCAGACCACUACACCCUCAGACCACUACACCCUCAGACCACUACACCUCCAGACCACUAUACCUCCAGACCACUACACCUCCAGACCACUACACCUCCAGACCACUACACCUCCAGACCACUACACCCUCAGACCACUACACCUCCAGACCACUACACCUCCAGACCACUACACCUCCAGACCACUACACCUCCAGACCACUACACCUCCAGACCGCUACACCUCCAGACUGCUACACCUCCAGACUGCUACACCUCCAGACCACUACACCUCCAGACCACUACACCCUCAGACCACUACACCUCCAGACCACUACACCUCCAGACCACUACACCUCCAGACCACUACACCUCCAGACCACUACACCUCCACACUAUCAAGCCGCUGGCCGAAUAUCUAAUUAA